CGCGCGCUCGCAGCUUCUUGCUCUCGCCUGCCCGCCCGCUCCCUUGCUUGCUCGCGCUUUUGCUCGCGCUCUCCCGGCCGAUCGAGGGGGCUCUAGCCACAGCCCGCGGCUGGGAAGGAGACGCGGCGGCUCAGGGGAAGCGAGGCUGCAGUGGUGGUGGUGGUAGGAAGAUGUCGGGCGAGGACGAACAGCAGGAGCAAACUAUCGCCGAGGACCUGGUCGUGACCAAGUAUAAGAUGGGGGGCGACAUCGCCAACCGUGUACUUCGGUCUUUGGUGGAGGCAUCCAGCUCAGGUGUGUCGGUACUGAGCCUGUGUGAGAAAGGUGAUGCCAUGAUUAUGGAAGAGACAGGGAAAAUCUUCAAGAAAGAGAAGGAAAUGAAGAAAGGUAUUGCUUUUCCUACCAGCAUUUCAGUAAAUAACUGUGUGUGUCACUUUUCCCCUUUGAAGAGUGACCAGGACUAUAUACUCAAGGAAGGUGACUUGGUAAAAAUUGACCUUGGGGUCCACGUGGAUGGCUUCAUUGCUAAUGUGGCUCACACCUUUGUGGUUGAUGUAGCUCAGGGGACCCAAGUAACAGGGCGGAAAGCAGAUGUCAUUAAGGCUGCUCACCUUUGUGCUGAAGCUGCCCUACGCCUUGUCAAACCUGGAAACCAGAACACACAAGUGACAGAAGCCUGGAACAAAGUUGCCCACUCAUUUAACUGCACGCCAAUAGAAGGUAUGCUGUCACACCAAUUGAAACAGCAUGUCAUUGAUGGAGAGAAAACAAUUAUCCAGAAUCCCACAGACCAACAGAAGAAGGACCAUGAAAAAGCUGAAUUUGAGGUACAUGAAGUAUAUGCCGUGGACGUUCUCGUCAGCUCAGGAGAGGGCAAGGCCAAGGAUGCAGGACAGAGAACCACCAUUUACAAACGAGACCCCUCUAAACAGUACGGCCUGAAAAUGAAAACUUCACGUGCCUUCUUCAGUGAGGUGGAAAGGCGUUUUGAUGCCAUGCCAUUUACUUUAAGAGCGUUUGAAGAUGAGAAGAAGGCCCGAAUGGGUGUGGUAGAAUGUGCCAAACAUGAACUGCUGCAACCAUUUAAUGUUCUCUAUGAGAAGGAGGGUGAAUUUGUUGCUCAGUUUAAAUUUACAGUUCUGCUCAUGCCCAAUGGCCCCAUGAGGAUAACCAGUGGUCCCUUUGAGCCUGACCUCUACAAGUCUGAGAUGGAGGUCCAGGAUGCAGAGUUAAAGGCCCUCCUCCAGAGUUCUGCAAGUCGGAAAACUCAGAAAAAGAAAAAAAAGAAGGCUUCCAAGACUGCAGAGAAUGCCACCAGUGGGGAAACAUUAGAAGAAAAUGAAGCUGGGGACUGAGGACCGCCUGCAGAGCAGGGUCUCCCUGCCCCCAGUCCAGUCCCCCAGCCCACCCCCUUCCAACAAAAACCAGCUCCAACUGACUCUGGUCUUGGGAUGCCAGUCUUCCCAGCCACCGAAGACUACUUUAAAUAGAAAAAAAGAAAUUGAAUAAUAAAAUCAAGAGUCAAAAUCCAUCGUCUUCAAGCCCCUCUUUCUAGCCUUUUCUACUACUCUGCUUGGUCAAGGUAUGUGGCCCUACAACAGAACCGAGAAGAGGCUAAAUUAGCCAUUGCCACUGAAAACUCAGCUGAAAUUUUUUUAUACCAGUCUGAUGUCAGCUUUUCCCAUCUAUAUGGGGCUUUUUCCUCUCUCCCACUCUCCCCAAGUAUUUUGUCUGGCCUCAAAAUUAAAAGGAGCUGUUCUUCAGAUUGUUUUUAUUCACAUGUGGCAGAUUCCUCACUGACACAGGCUGUCUAGUCAGGCCCCUCCCAUUUUUUGGAGCUGGAGCCUCCAUUUAUGAAGAGAUUCUCAUCUAUCAAGUGGAUGCUCAUUUGUGAAACUUUUUAGUCAUUUUUGUUCUGCAGGGCCUUUUUUUCUUCCCAUUUUCACAAAGCUGUAAAGAAGUAAUCCAUCUCAACCUUGUCCUUUUCUCUGGAAUCAGUCUGGUCUUCCCUCACUCCCAUCUUACACAAACCUGAGCCGGAAGCUCAACCAUGGUUUUGUUCCCCAUUUGAAAUACUCUGACCUCCCUCCCUUGAAAGAAAACCCAGGAACCAGAGGAGUAGAACUGAAGACACAACUACUGGCUUUCUGAAGCUGUGGACUGGAUUGGAUGAAUUGCUGGGGGUUUGUAGAGAAAGGUGACAAAUUUCAGUACCUCCGGCAUGCUGUCCCAGGGAACUCGGGCAUCCACUAACUUAUGAGGUUUUUAAACACGUUGAAAACGACAUGGCGUUAAAAUAAAUUUCGAUUUGCUCAUACUGA